CCCGCCGCAGCCGGAACGUGGCCCCGGCCGGGAGCGGAGGGGACCGCGGGAACCGCGAGCUCCGGCCCGAGCAAGCGGCAGUGUCCGCCGCUGGAGGACAACCUGGAGGACAUGGAGGAAAGACCAGCAGAAACCAACUCUAACGUGGACAGCUCUGCGCCCCCAUCAGUGGCCCAGCUGGCUGGGAGGUUUCGGGAGCAGGCAGCUGCCACCAAAGAGACACCAUCCAGUAAACCAACAAGAAGGAAACCGCCCUGCUCCCUCCCUCUGUUCCCCCCCAGGGUAGAGCUGGGCCAAAAUGGUGAGGAGAAAUCACCGUCCAAUGCCAGCCACCUUCCUAAAAUCAAGGUGAAGAGCUCACCUCUGAUUGAGAAGCUUCAGGCCAGUUUAACCUUUGAUCCAGCAGCCCUGCUACCUGGGGCUUCACCUAAGAGUCCAGGACUCAAAGCCAUGGUGUCACCAUUUCACAGUCCCCCUUCCACACCCAGUAGCCCUGGAGUGCGCUCUCAGCCCAGCGAGGCAGAAGCAGUGCCCGUCAGCUUCGACCAGCCUCCUGAAGGCACUCACCUUCCCUGUUACAAUAAGGUGCGGACCAGGGGCUCAAUAAAGAGGCGCCCCCCCUCGCGGCGAUUCCGACGCUCUCAGUCCGACUGCGGGGACCUUGGAGAUUUCAGGGCUGGGGAGCCCUCUCAGGAGAACGGUGCCAGGGAAGAAAAUGGGGACGACGUGUUCCCCGCCAAGAGCCAGGCCCCCGGGCCCCCCUCGCCCGGCGAGGGGACCUUGGGAGAGGGGUCUGGGGGGAAGCUGGAGCCUGCGGAAGGUCGCCCGGGGAGCAGGCCGGCCAGCAGCGCGGGGCAGCCCCCGACCCCCGAGCCGCCCCCCACCUCCAGCCCGGGGGCGCAGAACGGGCGCCGGAGCCCGGCAGAGGAGACAGAGACUGGGCAGGAAGCCCCGGCAGCUGAAGAGGACGGGCCCGGGCAGGAGAGCCGAGACCCAGAGACUCCCGAGGAGGGAGCUUCAGGGGCGCGGGCCCCCCAGAGUCCCCGCGGAGGAGCGGAUGUCCCCGAGAAAGGCGAGGAGAUGCCAGAGGACGGGGACACCGUGGAGCCAGACACCGGCAGGGAGAGCCAGACGGGUGGCAACGUCCUCGCGGACGAUGAAACUAGAAUGUGAAGAAAGGCUCAUGGUGCCUGGCUGACAAGCUGCCGGACACAUCUCCCGGGAAGUGUGGUUACAGCAGCAGCAGCCGAGGAAGCCACUGCAAAGGCAGAUUGCACGGGGAGUCAGCCUGGGACCGGCAGGUUAUUUCCCAGAUCCACACGGAGUGCUCCCCAAGAGAGAGGAUGGAGCUGAGCGCAGGAGACUUUCAUCAACUUGAGUUUGUAUCAUUUGAUGGAUUUGGCUAAAAACAAAAGCAUAUUUAAAGCAAUUCACUGAGGUGACAACUCUCCAGGAAUACUGGUCAGCCUGGAGGGCCCCUGCUACUCCCCAGCCCCACUUCUCCCUGCAGCCAGCCUCCUAACUAGGCUCUCAUUGAGCUUGUCAGAUGUUACAGCCUUUUUACUGUCCUAAAAAUUCUUAUGGUAUUCAAAUGUAAGUAAAAGCUAAUAUUAGGUGGAUAAGAACAAAAGGAAAUAGUCCUGUGGGAAACAAACUUCUAAGUUAUAGAAGACCUUAAAUCAUAUCAAGACCUCAAAGACAAUCUUUCAGCUUACUCCAAAUGGGAAAUGGCCAGCCAAAUUUGAAAACAAUGGACUCUAAGAGAUAUUUAUUAAAAUCUUAAAAUGAAUGUAUCUGUCUGCUCCAGCAAUAGGAACUUUGUGCAUUCUGUAGUUUUGGACUUGACUUCCAGGGACAGGGCCGGCCUAAGCUGUCCCCUCCCACCACUCCUGAGGAGGCUGGAAGGCCCGUGGAGAAGCCCGAUAUUCAAAUGCUGUGCUUCCUCAUCCUGAAGGCACAGCAGUGACACCUCAACAAUGCCGGGGUUCAGAGUCACCCUGGAGGAAUGGAUUUCACCCUCCCACAAGGUUACACUUGAACAUGGAUUAUAGAUGCUCUCUGGGAGGUGCCUUGAAUGCCCAGAGUGUAAUUUUGCUAUGAGCAUGUCCUUCCUAACUUCUCCAGGAAGCUUUGAUUUGUUUGUUUUGAUGU